GGGGGCGCUGUCCCUCGCUAUAAGAUCUUGUCUGGGGUCGAGGACGGGGCCAAUGGCGGCGGCUCCACAGCAACAGCAGCAGCUGCAGCAACAACAGGCGCCGCCGGGGCUGACGGUGGAGCAGGCGAAAGUGGUUCUGGCGGAAGUGAUCAAGGCGUUCGGGGUCCCGGAGAACGCGCUGAGGAUGGAGGAGGCCCAAGACAAUGCCUGCAACGACAUGGGCAAGAUGUUGCAGUUUGUCUUGCCCGUGGCAACACAGAUCCAGCAAGAGGUCAUCAAGUCAUACGGGUUCACCAACGACGGGGAAGGUGUGCUGCGGUUUUCUCGCCUGGUGAAAGCGUACGAGGGGCAGGACCCUGAGAUUGCCGCCAUGUCGGGGAAGCUGAAGUCCCUGUUCCUGCCCCCCAUGACAGUUCCUCCACACACCUCCAGCAUCCCUGCCUCCUAGCCCCACACACCAGGGGGGGGGGAAAGGGUG